AGCUAAACACUUUAUCUGUAGUGUGUACAAGCGAAACAGUAUGUGCGCUGGCAGGACUGCAGAAGGUGCUGGCUGUGUGACGUGGUGGGGUUUCAGCCCUUCACUAGACCUCCUCAGUGCAGGCGCAAUAAAGCAGAGCGGGGAGGUCAAUGUUUUACUGGUGGGAAGUGGUGAUCCCAGGCACAUCCUGAAGACUACUGCUAUGUUGAAAGACACUGAUACCCUGCAUGUGUGGGUGGUAGAGAACAGUAUGGAGGUGGUGGCUCGACAGCUUUUGCUCCUCUCUCUUGCUCUCUCUCCCCAGCACAGCAUGGGAAUACGCGAGAAGACAGAGGUAUUCUUGGAAGUGUUUGGCAACAGUGAGAUCCGCAGUCAGACGGAGCAGACACUGAGACAAACAGCCUCAAAGCUGUCUCUCGCUGUUACGGAAACGCUGUCGACGCCUGCCAACCCCUGCCUGGAUACCACACAGCUCAGGUUUAAGGAUCGUGAUGAACUGCACAGAAUAUUUAAGCAGUGGAUACACCCACCAUCCUCUCUAUGCCUGUCGAAAAUUUGGGAUGCUCGUGUCCGACAGCACCUUGGCACCCGAUAUGACUCUAGAGUGGGGUGCUUUGACUGGGAUCUCACCAUGAAACUGCAUCAGAGGGGGUGUGGUGUUAUUAAUAAACAGCAGUAUGUCAGAUGGAGAGAAAGGGGAGUGGCUUUUGAGAUGAGGGAAGGACUUUACCGAACCACCAAUCACAGCCUGCUCUCCACACGUGUAUUAAACCAUAGGGGUGACAGAGUGGCAGUUAGAGGGUAUUGGGGAGACAUUGUGUCUAGCCCUUAUCUCUCCUUUGGGAUUGAAACAGACAACAAGACUCUGCUCCAGACACAGAAUGGGCAACACGCAAAGACAGCCCAAGACAUCUCCUAUCACAAUGUCCAGGAGCUGUUCCAGUCUCUUACCUGCAGGGGUCACACUCCCUCUACAUCUCAGCAAAAUGUCCGAGGAGAACAGGAGCAAGACCCUUCACCCAAUCAGGCAGCCGGAACCCCAUCUCCUCAGCCUGGCGCCAAUCAGAAUUUGCCUGAGAAUGAGCUCUUGUCUCUGGAUGGAGUGAAGGUGACUUUCCUGCCGGUGGACUCACUGUCUAAACUCCCAAAUAAACAGAGAUUUUCCCAGUUCUUCAACAGCAUAUACUUUUCAGCCAGCAUGGUUCACCAGUUGGGUCCUUCGCUGAGACAGAUAGCUGCCCCUGACGCUGUUCUUGUGGUGGAGCUGGCCAAGUACUUGUUGGACCUUUCCAAGGAGCAGGUGAAUGCAUUUGCAGAGAAAGUGGAUGACAUUGUUCAAGGGGCAGGAUUUGAGCCUUUCAAUGGGAAGAAGACUGAUGUAUACUCCAUAUAUAAAUUGCGCAAGGAAUGACACCCCAGACCUCCAUCCUUAACCCAGUUCUCAUUCCACACAGUAUAAUACUGUACCUCGCGACUCUAAAUGCUAAUCCAGCGUCUGUCCUUUAAGCCCAUACCAGUUCAAAAUGCUUUGACAAAACCCCUAUGUGCAUGUAUAUGUCAGUGUUCUGUCAUCUGAUAUAUCCACUAUGGGAACACUGUCUGUGUAAAAUACAGAAUAUUGCCAGCUGAGUUUCCAGUGUGCGCGCCUCAUCGGGUAAAAUUCUAGGUCAACCCUCAGAGCACACA